UCCAAAUCUCGGCCAGUGCCGCAAUUUUGGCUAUAAAUACAAAUGUCGGCACGCAGCUUGGCUUAAACUUACAUUGUUAUCCUAGUUCACAACAUCGCUCGGGGUCUCCGCCUUACUUGGCCGAACAAAACACAUUCGCUACGUGACGUUGUUAAGACGGAAUCCUCAUCCUCCCGACCAGCCCAGGACAACUCCGAAACUCCAUCGCAAUACGCAAACUACCGGUGCCACGCCUACUCGAGUCCAGACACCAGAACGCCCCCCACCAAGACGACAAUGGGAGCCACAAGAAGGCAGGGGAGUGGAUGUGGAAGUGGACACAGGUGGCUCUUGGUUUGGAUGACGGUGCUGCUCCUGGUCGUCCCGCCGCAUUUAGUCGACGGCCGGUACCUGCCGACAAGGUCGCAUGGCGACGAUUUGGACAAGUUGCGUGAACUCAUGCUGCAGAUUUUGGAGUUGAGCAAUGAGGACCCACAACAGCAGCAGCAGCAGCAGCAGCAACACCCACAGCUGCGUCUGCACAAUGAGGCCACCAGCAGCAACAGCAACAGCAACAGCAACAUCAACAAUCCACGCGUGUCCAACGGCAACUCUAAUGCCGCCUGGCUGCAGAAACUGAGUGCCAUGGGUGCCCUGGACGAGUUGGGCGGAGAUGGACCCCGAUUCGGACCCAACUAUGGACGAUACUAAGCCAUCUGAACCGAAAACACCUGACGACAACAGCCACUACGACAAGGGAAACGGAAACUGGGAGUUGGGGAAAAUCAUGUUGCGAACGAAAAUAUUUUGGGACCGAAAAAGGGGCAGUAGUGUCGGAAAUGUUCACAGGAUUAAAAUCCAAUUGAGAUGGGCGCAAAGUGCGUGAAAAUGGACAAAUAAAUGGAGCAAAGGAUUCUCGUGAAAAUCACUUUGAAGUACUUUGAAUAAGCUUGUGCCAUUUUGGAAUGUAUUGAAGGACACUCUGCGAAAUCACUUUCAAAGGCUUGAGACCUUUUACGAAAUGGAAGUUAAAUGAUCUUGUUGAUUCCAAAUAUAAUCACGAUUUUGUUUAUUUGCUUACCUCUCCAUUUUAAUGAAUUAAUUCAAUUUCUGAUCGUUCCAAUUUGAAAUAAUUACUAUAAAUUUGAAUAACUUAAUUAACAGCAAAUCUUUCUUAAACAAAUAUAUUUAAUUAGAUUCCGAAUGCGGUUUGCCUAAUAUGAACUGUAUUUCUGGUCACAAAAUUAACAUUUUAUUGAAACAUGCUUUAUAACAUCAAGCUAUUGUCUAAAAUAUUAUCUAAAUGUAAUGCUUUAAUUUUUUCUUAAGAACAUAAAUAUUAACAAUUUUCUAGUAACUUCCAAGUGUCAGCAUGGUUUUCCUUUUGCCCCAAAAUGAACUGCACUUCAUGUUUUUAAAAGCCGAAAGAAAAAACUGAAGACAAAUUCAGAAUUAAACGGAAACUGGAAUACUUGAAAGGACGAACACAGUUCCUAUGCUAGAACAAUAAUUUUUUAACUCCUUUGGGUAAUCCCGAAGCGAAAAAUGUACCUAUAUGUAUGUACCUAUGUGUUGUAGAGCAACCCCGUCCCUCUGAAACAAAAAAACUCUGAAAAAGUACCCCUUUAAUGGUCUAGACUAAGUGCGGAUUUUCAACUUCUUUUUGCGCGGCCAAACGAGAGAUAAAAAUUAAAAGUACCAUGAAAUUGUAAAUAUUUUACCCCUCAAAACCUUCCACUCCCGCCCCAUGAACAAUAAUAACUGGAGUUUUAAUGGGCCCCCAAGGCUGUCCGGGGCAUAUGAAGAUAUAUAGUAAAUGUAUUGUGUAUUUAUAAAUUAUACUACUCCCAACUAACCUCCACUAGCUGCGAUGGCCUCCGCUGGAAGAUGGGCCCAAGCUUAAUGCGAUUUCGGUUGGCACUUUAUGGCCACCGACUUGUCGAGGGAGAUAUAUACUUAUACACACUAUUUAAUUCGUACCUAUAUAUAAAUGUACAUUUAAUUGUUGUUAACUUACGUUAUCGUUAUUACUUAUGAUUCGCCGCAGAAGCAACAAUAAAAGAAAUCAUUUUCAAUGCAA